AGGAUCAUGUGGAUGUACACCUUAUUCAUGUGGCCCAAUGACCAAACCAACUUCAAGAAGAAAUAUUGUUCAAAUAUUGCCACGUCCAGUCAAUCAAGAGGUUGCACCAACAAAUCUUGAUCAAGACUCAAACAAUUACGAUAAUCUAGAACGUCUUUCUGUACAAUCUUGUGAGUCAUUGGAAGUUGUUUUCCAACUCAAGGGACCAAAGGCUGUGGAAAGCCACAAUGUUAAAGCAUUCAAUAAGUUGUGUUACUUGCUAUUAGACGAAUUGCCAAGUUUAAUGCACGUAUGGGAAACGGGCGGUUCACCUCAUAUCACAGGCUUUGGAAACUUAACAUUCUUAAGUGUAUCCCACUGUGGCAGUUUGCGAUAUUUGUUCUUGUCAACUGUAGCCAAGCUCCUUAUCAGUUUAAAGGACUUAAAAGUUGGGAAUUGUGAGAAGAUUGAACAAGUUAUUGCAGAAGCAGAUACUGAAUGUGUUGACCAAGAAAUUACAUUUCGUCAACUGAAUUCCAUAACGCUUGAAGAUCUACCAAACCUCAUUUGUUUCUCUAUUGAAGCUUAUACUUUGAAGUUUCCAUGUUUGAGGGAAUUGAAGGUUAUAAGAUGUCCAGAUUUAAGGACAUUUGCUUCUAAGGUUGUCAGCGCACAUUCUGUAAUCAAAGUACAGACAGAGUUCGGAAAGUCUGAGUGGAUGGGGGACCUCAAUAGCACUAUAGGGAACAUUCAUGAAAAAAGGGAAACACAGAGAAGUGCAGAGGUGAGUAUAUAUAUGUAAACUUCUAUAUUAAGGGAACACUGAGGUUUGCAUAUCUUACUAUAAAAAAAAUAUGCCAUAU